AUGGGUUGCGCUGGAUCGCGCGAUAAACCUGAUGAAACUCCGAAGAAGAUAAGAAAACCCAAGCCAUGGAAGCAUACAGAAGCAAUAACUAGAGCACAACUAACACAAAUGCGUGAGGAGUUUUGGGACACUGCCCCACAUUAUGGUGGUAGGAAAGAAAUCUGGGAUGCUCUCCAGGCAGCAGUGGAGGCAGAUUUGAGCCUUGCGCAGGCAAUCGUGGACAGUGCUGGUGUUAUCGUUCAAAAUCCCGAUUUGACCAUCUGUUAUGAUGAGAGAGGGGCCAAGUAUGAGUUGCCGAAAUAUGUUCUGAGCGAGCCCACAAAUCUGAUCCGUGACAGUUGA